AUGGUCUCACUGAGUCAGCAAAACAGCUUCUCCCCCAACAUGCCUUUCAUUGAUUUUCCACAACAUGACUGUAAAGAACAGGAGGAUCUUUUGCAGAUUAAAGGGGAACAGGAGGAACUCAGUACCACUGAAGAGGGAAAACCGUUUGUACGAAAGCAAGAGACUCAAACUUUUCCUGCUCGUAAAGAAAGUGACCAGGGUGAACCAGACCUAAGUAGUGACCAGCUCCUUUCUCACAACUCUCCUGACACAGAUCAGGAUGAAAGCAAGGAUGAUAACUUACACAGAAAUAGGUUGGAGGAAAUCGUAUCAGAGCUGCCAGUUCAAAAUUCCAAGACAGUACAUUUAUGUGGCACCUGUGGGAAAAUAUUUAAAAGGAUGGAAAACUUGAAUCGACAUAUGAAAAUUCACACAGGUGAGAAGCCACAUUGUUGUAGCACCUGUGGGAAAAGAUUUACUCUAAAGGCAUAUUUAACUGAACACAUGAAAAUUCACACAGGUGAGAAGCCGCAUUGUUGUACCACUUGUGGGAAAAGCUUUAGUCAGAAGGGGCAGUUGAAUAGUCACAUGCGAAUUCACACAAGUGAGAAGCCAUAUUUUUGUAGCAUAUGUGGGGAAAGAUUUAAUGUAGUAACAAAUCUGAAAAUACACAUGAAAAUUCACACAAGUGAGAAGCCGCAUUCUUGUAGCACCUGUGGGAAAAGAUUUAGUCGGAAGUCACACCUGACUAGACACAUACAAAUUCAUACAGGUGAGAAGCCGCAUUCUUGUAGCACCUGUGGGAAAAGAUAUAAUCGGAAGGAACAUUUGAAAAUGCACAUGGAAUAUCAUACAGGUGAGAAGCCGCAUUCGUGUAGCACCUGUGGGAAAAGAUUUAAUCGGAAGGACCAUUUGAAAACGCACAUGGAAUGUCAUACAGGUGAGAAACCACAUUGUUGUAACACCUGUGGGAAAAAAUUUAGUUCUUCAGUACAGUUGAAAAUGCAUAUAGGAAACCAUACUGCGUGCCAAGUUUAAUUUUUAGAAAAUGUUGAUGGUAAAACAAAGUGUUUGGAUCUUUGGAAACUCGGCGUCUGACAAAACUUUAUUUUCAAAAGGUUUUCAGAAGCUCAAUUUCUAUGUUUACCUGUGGACAAAAAAACUAAAUAACUUUUUUCUGACUUUUUUUGUUAUUUGUGGGCUUUGACUUGGCUAAAGGUUCUCUUUGAACAGUGCUUGAGAUACUUUUUGUCUUGAUGCAAAAAGAAUUUCUCAAAAAUACACUAGAGAAUAUCUGUUUAAAAAAUGGCUGUGUACAUAUCGAGGAAUGGAGGGAUAGAAGUGACAAAAAUGAAUUGAUUAAAUACACCAUUAAAUAAUUCAAUUCAAUGUGUCAAUAAAUAGAGGUUUGGGGUAAA